ACGUCAGACGUAAAUAGAGUCAGCUAACUCGCAGCUAGCCGCUAUUCGAGACAACAUGGCUUUUUCUUUAUACUCCCUCAUUCAAGCUGCCAUCCUGUGUGUGAAUGCCGUGGCUGUACUGCAUGAGGAAAGAUUUCUAAGUAAAAUUGGCUGGGGAGUGGACCACAGUGUAGGAGGGUUUGGUGAUGAGCCAGGUGUCAAAGCGCAGAUGAUGAACCUUAUUCGCUCUGUGAGGACAGUGAUGAGAGUACCGUUGAUAGCAGUGAACUCAGUGUGCAUUGUGCUGCUGCUGCUGUUUGGAUGAACAGUAGUGUGAAGUGAAAAUGGAGCAAACCAUCCUGCUGUCAGAAGAACUUCUCCAUCCAUCACCUCAGGAUCCCCUUUGAUACACAGAAUGUCUUCUGUCAGCCUUGAAGAUGAAUGAUGCUGUCAUGUGACGUGCCACUUUACCAGUACAGAGGAUAUUAUUGGAUUUACUGCUCUUUUCUUUACUGUACUGUCAUUCAAAACAAGUACCAGCAGCUAUUUGGAAUAAUAAACUCCCCUGUUCUUUUUGAAUACUACAAUAAAACCUGGAAUAGUUUACACUUCAUUUACAUUUUGAUUAAAAUAUUAAUGUACAUAACAAAUGUUUUACACAAGAACUAUAACUGUUAUAGAGUGGUCCACUGUACAAUGUUUGUGAUUCAUACACUGGGGAAAAGCGUAAAAGAACUCUUGGAUGUGUAGUUUUAUUGUAAAAAAUCAAAAUAAAUCUUGAGAAUAAAGUUUUUAAACUUUCA